GUUACGAUAAUUUUUUUUAAAGAUUAGAUUCAACGAUAAAAGAAAUGCAUUGGUAUAUAAAGCCCAGUCAAAGUGAAGUUAGACAUUCAAGAUGAAAUCUUUGGCAGUGUUCCUUGCUGUAGCAGCUGUAGCCCUCGCGGCUCCAAAAGCCCAACAAAAGUCCAUCCCUUUGAUUGAUGGCAGAAUUAUUGGUGGUGAAGAUGCCGACAUCGCCGACUACCCAUACCAAAUCUCCCUUCAGUACUACGGAAGCCACAUCUGCGGCGGAAGCAUCAUCGGCUCCAGAUGGGUCGUAACUGCCGGCCACUGCACUGACGGCUUCUCCGCCUCAGCCCUGUCCAUCAGAGCAGGCAGCUCCACCCGCGGAUCCGGCGGUCAAGUCAUCAACGUCAGCAAAAUCAACCAGAACCCGCAGUACGACAGCUGGAACAUCGACUACGACAUCUCCGUCUUGGAGCUAGCCAGCGACAUCACCGUGUCCAACGCCUCACCAAUCGGCCUGCCCGAACCCAACGCCGAAGUCGCAGUCGGCUCCAACGCCGUCAUCACCGGAUGGGGAACCACCUCCGAGGGUGGAAGCCUCCCCAACCAACUCCAAGUCGUCGAGGUCCCCACCGUCUCUCAGGAGACCUGCAGGGCCGCCUACGGCAGCUCCGCCAUCACCGACAGGAUGCUGUGCGCCGGUCUGACUCAGGGAGGCAAGGACGCUUGCCAAGGUGACUCUGGCGGUCCGUUGGUUGUUAACAACGUGCUCACCGGUAUCGUCUCUUGGGGAUACGGAUGUGCCCGUCCCAACUACCCCGGAGUUUACUCCAGCGUGCCAGCUCUCAGGUCUUUCAUCACUGAAGUUUCAGGAAUCUAAAUUAAUGACAACAAUUUAAAUAAAAGUUGACCUAUAAUACA